GCAACUGCCGAGUCAGGGUCACGCACCCGGCCCACCGGCGGCCACCCCACCCGGACCCGAACCAAAUUAAAACCCCCUGACCCGAACCGGCGAACCCCUCCACCUUUGUCGCGUCCUCCCCGGCGCCACGCGUCGGCACACCCUCCGCCAUGCCGCCGUCGCCGCCUCCCCCGUCCGCCGCCUCCCGCGCCGCCAUGCUGCAGUCCAUCCACAGCCUCGCCUCCUACAGUGACACCCUCGCCGACUUCCUCGAUCAGUGGAACUCAGUCAUCCUCGACGCCGCCUCCAUCGCCGCCACCUUCGCCGUCCUCUUCCCCGGCCCCGAAUCCGACCCUAAACCCCUUCCCGCCGCCGAGGCCCAGCUCAGCCCCGCGCCGGAGCCGGAGCCGGAGAGGGAGCCCGAGCCCGAUCUCGCGUCGGAGACCGAACCCAAUGCCGUGCCGGAGCCAGAGCGGGAGCGGGAGCCCAGUCCCUCAUCGGAACAGGAGCGGGAGCCCAGUCCCUCGCCAGAGCCGGAGCGGCAACCCAUUCCCGCACCAGAGCCGGAGGGGGAGUCCAAGUCCAAGCCCGUGCGGGAGCCCGCACCCGAGCCCGAGCGCAAGCCCGCACCCAAUCCCGUCCGCGACCGCAAGGACGGCGACCCAUCGGCGGCGGAGCUGGAGCUCAGGUGCAAGCAGAUGAACUUCAGGGAGCUCCGCCGAUUCGUCACCGCCCACGUCCGGGACCGCGAGUGGCUGCGCCAGGUCGGCCCGGACGCGCUGCGUAGCGCAGAGGACCCCGCCUCGCUCGUGCUCCGUACCGUCGGCCGCUACUACAUCUGCGCCGAGAGCGGCGACGCGGAGGCCGCGUGCAUGCUCCUCCUCGAGCUCUACGUGCGCGCCGGGUGCCCCCGCGCCCGGGGGCGAGCCCACAGGGAGGCGGAGGCGGAGGCGGAGCUGCGGCAGGAGGCGCGCGAGGCGGCGCUCACGUGGCGCAGCCGCCUUCUGCGCGUCAGCGGCCGGGUCGGCGACGCCGGUGCUAGGGGAGCCCGCGGCCUCGCUUUCUUCAUGGCUGCCUUCGGAGUGCCUGUCGAGUUCCCCGUGCAGGAGCUCUACGACCUUUUGGUUGCUGCGGACGUCUCUGCCUGCGCCAAGGUGCUCAAAUGCUCCAAGCUCUUUCUGAAGAAGAUGCGAGAUGUCGUUGUCGAAAUGAUAAAUAAGGACAUGUAUCUUCAGGCAAUUCACAGUAUCCUUGCAUUUGAGUUUCAGAAUGCUUUCCCUCUUGGUUCAAUACUCACUCACAUCAUGGAGAAACUUGAGCACGAUAGGAAAGAUGAGAAUGAGGGGGCAUCGGAGGGUGACGAGGAGGAGUUGGCUCUUUUGAGGUCAAUAUCAAAAUGCAUGGAGGAUCACAAAUUAUGUCUCUUGGAAUUUCCUAGUUUUGCUGAGAGGAUUGCGUUGUUAGAAGAGCGUGUUGGGAAGCCAAAACAAGCCUUUGCAGGAAUAAAGCGGAAGAGAACAACAGAAGAGGACUGUGUCGAGUAGAUUGCAUCCUAGAACCUAACUUCCCGUAUGGUUGAGCUGCUUGUAAUGUGCGUUACCUAAUUCACAUUGUACCAGAUAGAACCACCAUCAGGGGCACAUACGCCAUCCUGAAAUCACCAGGUCAAAUAGUUUCAGCCGUCCAAAUUAUAUGCGGACUAACCAUCAUGUUAUAGACAUGUAGAAAGUCUUCCUGAUAGCCUCCCGAUCCUAGUAUGUGCUCCUGAACCUAGAAAGUCUUCCUAAGGAUGGGUCAUAUGUGCUACAAGAGGCCAAUUCUGUCACAGAACCUAGUAUGAGUGUAAGAAGGUUAAUGUUGGUUAAACAUGAGCUUGACCUAUUUUGCUAUUUCCCUAGCGAAGUGACCCACCCAGUUUUGGUUGUUUGUCGUAGAUAGGUUUAAUUUGGCUUGGGUUUAAAUUGAGCAACAUCCUUUUCUUGUUUCCUUGUGAUGAUCAGUUUGAGUAUAAAAAAUGAUCAUUUUUGCUUGGCUUGAUAUAAAUACAUCACAAGUGGUUUAUUCUAGUUGUUUGGUUUAUUUCUUAUCAUUUAUUCAAUAUAAAUGUUGGCAUAGUUACAGGUUCUAGCAUUUUUGUUAAUUCAACUGGGGUUAGACUAGGUACCUCAAAUUGUACUGUUUAAGUAGUGUUUAAAAUCUUGUGAAGCACCUUUUUCCAUGGGAACAUGCUAUGAAUAAGUUCUGGAAUGUCAAUGAAACUGUAAACCGGACACAUCUUUAGUUUUUGUGUUCUGUUUAGCUUAAUGCAGCAGGGAAAAUGUGAUAUGAGGCAAGAAAUUAUCUAAGUACUACUCAAACUUCGAUUAUUUCGACAAGUUUGCUUUGCUAGGGAUUGACACCCUGGUCCUAGAGAAAAUGAAAUAUGGUCUCAGUUUGCUGCAUCUCAAGACAUGUUUCAUGGCAUGUUUUUCUUUUCCUGAAUGAUUGAGUGCCUUUGUUUUUAACUUAUUAUUUAUUAUGCGUAAUACUGAAACAAAAUGUGGUUUGUUUAACUAUAUUUAUUUUAAGCCUUCAUAUUUUAUAAUAUUUUUGUAACCCUCGUGCCCUUUGAGAGUUAUGGCUUGAAUGUCAGUUUUUUUUCCUUCCCAUUUUAACUUUGCUCCAAUGGUUGUUUUCCUGGAUGCAUUAUGAUGUAUGGAUGUUAAAGCGGUUGUUGCAAUUGGUCACUUUCCUGCACUUAUUUAUUCAACCAGUGUGAAUUGACAAGGCAACUAGUUUUGCAAUCAGGUUUGUCCACUGUGUUUAAACUUUGAUGUUUGUGUUUUGCGCAGAUGGAGAUGGAGAAGUUUCUGUUUGAAUGCUCUAGUUUUGUUCUAAUAUGAACCAUUUUAUAGCAGGCUUGUUGACAUUGCCAGAAAGUUUGGACGCUAGGCUUAUCAGUAUGCAUGCAUUUGUAUGGUUGUUUGAUUUCAGUCAAAGAUAACCUCUAAUUUCAGUAUACAUGCAGUAACAAUCUAUAAACAAAUCUCGUGG